CCAUGGAUGCAGCAUAUUUUCUGCGCGUGCAGGUCCUGGCCUUUCGACUGAUGGGCUACGAUUUGUGGAACAGCAGCAGCUCGCAUGAUCGUCCACAACUAACGCUAUUGGUAAUUGGCCUGAUGAGCGUCUUUAUGGCUCCACUCUUCUUUGCGAUUCUGCAUAACUUGACCAACGUGAGCAUCAUGUCCGAUGCGAUGGCCUCCCUAUUGGCCAUAAUUCUAACCUUGGUCAAGUAUUCGGUCUUUGUCUACUAUCGCAAGCGGUUCGUUCAGCUCAUUUAUCGCAUACGCGAUAUUCUCGAGCGGGAGAUCAAAGCCUUGCCUGAGGCAGCGGCCAUUGUGGAGGCGGAGAACCGCAGCGAUCAAUCCCUGAGCUUGACCUAUAUGCGCUGCUUCUUUGGCGCCUUAAUCUUUGCUGGCAUUAAGCCGAUUGUCAUCAUGUUAACGACCCGGCUGCGCACAGGCCUUACCCAAUUGGAGUUGCCCCACUCGGGCGUAUAUCCGUGGAGCGAUCAGGCAACUGCGCCGUAUGCGCCCACCUAUCUCUGGAACCUGGUGGCCAGCUAUGGUGCUGUGACCAUGUCGUUGGCCAUGGAUACGCUGCUCUUUGCCUUUACGUACAAUGUGUGCGCCGUCUUAAAGAUUGCCCAGCAUCGCAUCAAACAUCUGUUGCCCAGCAGCCUAGCACCGUGGCAGGAGUUUCAGGCAGUGGUGCAGGUGUUGCAACUACAUCAGACGGGUCUGUUGAUUGGCACCCAGCUGGGGCACAGCCUCCGGCCCUUGGUCUUUAUGCAGUUCUUUGUAACGGCCCUGCAGCUGUGCUUUGUUGGCUUUCAGUUGGCGGACCUUUUCCCCUCCCCGGAAUGCAUCUACUUUAUUUUCUUUGUGGGCUCCCUGCUUAUCGCCCUGUUCAUCUACUCGCACUGCGGCGAGAAUAUGAAGCAGGCCAGUGCCGACUUUGCCAUUGCCCUCUACGAUAGCAACUGGGUGGACUUUGCGCCGGCCACCAAGCGGCUGCUCAUUGUGGCCAUCAUGCGCGCCCAGCGGCCCUGCCAGCUAAAAGGCUAUUUCUUUGAGCCCAACAUGGCAACCUUUUCAGCGGUGGUUCGCUCGGCCAUUUCCUAUGUUAUGAUGCUGCGCUCCUUCAGUGCUGCGGACCAGUCAUAG